AUUCAAUUAUUGGCCCCAUUCCUUAGGCGCAACUAAGAUUUACUGGACACAGCAUGUUCUUAUAGAAACCCACAAUCGACAAAACAUCACUGGCAUUAACAUCCUACACAGCCUAUUUCAAAAUGUAUGGAAAUUUCCAGACAAGACUUAGUUAGGAUGGAAUUAAGGUUUUUCCCAGGAAAUAAACUAUUACAUACUGGCCAGGUCUUUCUUACCUUAUGACAUCUGUUGAGAUAACAACUCAGGCUAAUUCAGUUGUUUUGAAAAUGCAAACAGAUUUGACUAUUAGAUUUCCUUUUAAUUAUUAACAUAUCGGAAUGGUUGUUACUGACCUUAAAAAACUAGGGUAAAGGUAGCAAUGCUCUAUUUAGCUCUGUUUUAGGAUUUCAUAUAGUGCCUACCACCAGGGCAUUUCUUCUGCAUUCAACGUUUAUAUCAGAACAUUUGAUGAAACUGUGACAUGAUAUGGGCUCUAGUGCCAUCAUUCUGCCAGUGAUACACAGCUCUACAUGUUUUUCUCAGCAGACACAACCAGCUCUGUAACUGAGAAGUUGUAGAAGAGAUGGUAAAAGUAAAAAUCUAUAUAAAAAAAAAAGCAUUAGCAAUAGAAUCAAGACAUUGAGGAGUUUUUUCUAGACAAAGUUUCAACCAUAUUUUUAUCCACUUUAUUUGUAAUUUCGUUUGAAAAAUAUAACUGGUAAUAUACCAAUGUUCAGAAAGUAUCAAGAAAAGAAAUUAUAGAAAUGUUUACUUGAGCAGCAUUUUUGUCUCAUCAACCAAACCAUUAUAGGAUCUCUCUUAUCUUUACCUCCUUCCUGGCUGCACAUUACUUCCUGGUCUCAAUUGAAAUGCCAGAAUCUUUUCCCUACCCUCUGGAAAGUAACAGUAUCUGUACCUGUACAUCAAUUUCUCAGAUGUAGGUUUCUCACUCCCGCAACUGAACUCAAAUCCUUCAAUUCCCUCUUCUGAAUUUCCUCCAAAUUAUCUAUAUAAAAUAUAAUGAAUGUUGAAAGGUACUAUGCAUUUUGGAUCCAUAUGACUGAGGAAACAAUGACACAUUAGACAGAUGCCAAACAUUACAGUGGUUCGACAAAAAACAUCCAUAUCAGCAUUUUUUCCAACCUCAGAUUCUGACAGAGAUUCAUCACCAAGGCACACAUACACAUCUUCAGUCCCAUAAUCCAUAUGGUCUUUUCUUUCUUCCACCAUUCAAGACUGAUGCAGGAACUACUGAUAAGUAAGGGCUUAUCUACAUGGAGACACUCAGGAAAGUUAAGGUGAAUCAAUGAAAUGUGUGAAGUUAAUGCGCAUAAAUUAAAGCCCACUAAACCACAGUGUGGAUGCUCUCAUUCAAGAGUAAACAUCCUCAGAGGAGGAUUAAGCUACAACAAACUAAGGACUGAAUUAGACACGCAGGUCUAAUGUUCUAUUACUUAUGUGCCUUAACUUGCCUGAGCGUCCCUGUCUAGACAUGGCCAAAGAGCUAGUAAUUAUCAAGAAGAGAACAAAGUACAAUGCAACAUAACUUUGCAAUCAGACAGAAGUACAUACAUUUGUGUUGGAGAGGGAGAAGUGGACUUACACACUUGAAAUCUUCACUUUAAUUAAAAAGAUAAAUAAACAUAAUUACUAAUAUGUAAACUAACACAUUUCAAAGAGUUGGUUUUUAAAUGCCGGCUGUACAUGAAAGUUCCAGGAGGACUUUAACAUAGAUCCAAUAAACUGACUAGAACAUUCAGAUUUGAUUAUAUUAUCCUGCUGCUAAAUUAACCCUUAGUUUCAAAUGUGUAUCAAUGCUGACUUUACAAGUUUGAAAAACUCCCAUUUCUUUCUUGCUUUCAGAAGAAAAGGUGCAUUGUAUUUCAAACAAUUUCAUCAUCCACCUGUACUUCCCACUAAAAAGUAUAAGUAAAAUGGCAUCUCUGACAGAUACCAUUCAUUAUAAAAAUACUCAAACAUAACAAGCAUUUCCAAAACUGUUCCAAAAAUUAAUUAUAUAUUUCUUAUUUGGUAAGCAAAUAGCUAAACUAGCUAAAUCACCAGUUUUUCUUAAAGCUCAGCCUAGAAUAGAAACAUCUGAGAAAGUGAGAUAACAAUUCUAAAUCUGACUAAUAUUCUUCAUUGCUCAGAAAUAAUUUACAGACUACAUCAUAAUGGGAGAAGGCCAAAUGGAUCUUUCCAUUGUAUUCCAAAAUCUUUCCUGAUGAUUAAUGUUUGAUGCAUCUUACAAGAACACAAAGAAAAAAGUGCUUGUUCAAUUAUCAUUCAUUAGAAUGAUUACUAAAGAUCCCCCAAUGAUAUUUCCAUACAUACAAAAAGCUAAACAAAAUUACUGUAUACCAAUUUUCCUGCUUAUCAUUAGUUAGCUCAAGAGUGGCUUUGUGUGUGCAUACCCCACACUGCAGCUUCUCCCUAAGAAAGCAUGAAGAGGCCUCAAUAAAAAAUGCAUUUUACCCUACACAGCAAGGGUGUUAUAAUUGCCAAAGUCAAGACUUACCAUGGAAUAGCCAACAAACAUUAAUAAGCAUAUUAAAAUUUUUUAGUCCACACAUUCAUUUUUUCAGACAUAACACACUGAAAUAUCAAUCAUCAGCAUUACAUUCAAAGCUUUGAUUUUCCUUGGAAGCCAAUUCACCUCCAUGAGCACAAAGAGUAGACUUUUUCUCCUUUUCUAUCGUUUGUAAUUUUACAGAAAAGAAUCCAGAUUUAAUGAUGACCUUGUUGAUUAAAAAAAACUUUAUUUCUAUUAGCACUUUCCAAUAUACCUGAAUUGCUAGGAUUAAGACUGGAAAUAGUUGCCAUAUCAGAUUUUAUUUUCUUUGUAGACAACAACAUCCACUUCUACACUACCAAGUUUGGUUGACACAAGUUACACUGCAUACAUCUACUGAAGUUUGUAUAUUAGUCAGUAUUUGAACACUUGGCUGCUUGCAUCAGUGCUGUGUGUACUAACCAGGACUGCUUCUUCCAUCGUAACGUCAAUGUAAAGAGGAGUGCAUCCCAGGGAGGUAAGCCUGCCCUGCCAUCCAGUGCAAUGUUUUUUGAGACAUUUCCACAGAACUUUGUGGGAUUAUAACAAAUCACGCAGGGAGUUCUGGAAGCUAGGGGUCAAGUUCCUACUAUGCCACUCUCAACCUCCCAUACUACUUUUCACAACCCAUAAUUUUUACGUCUUUUUCAAAAUUAUCAUAGUCCUGUGUAGCACUUCUUGGCACACAUCUUCAUUCUAACAGAAGCAUGGAGCUGCAGAGCUCAGCACAAUCGUGUCCUACUGCAAUGGAAGAAACAAGGCUGCAAUCACUAAAAAUUUUUGGGAGAGGAUUGCAGUGUAGCUUUCAAGUUUCGUUGAGCUCUCUCAAGACAAUGAGAUACAUCUCUAUUCUGAUAAACAGAGUACUCCCCAUCAUCUAGCCCAAUGAGCCAGAUGUCAAUCCUAACUCUGUUUGAUCUACCUCUACUUGAGCACAAGACACGGAUGUGACGUGGGCUGCAUAACUGGACUGUGUAACCAGACCGUAUGAAUGAAUUCCCUAACCUUUUGUUUUCUAAUAUUAUACCAGUACAGCAAUGAAAAGUUGAUCCUUGUGCCUUAAUCUGUUAAUGGGCUGAAGCCAUUUUUCAAUGGAGAACAAAGACCAUGAGGUGGGAUAAGGGAGAUGAGGUAUGAGGGAAAGGAAAAGGAAAAAAAAUGGCAAGGAAUAAUGCAUAUACGCAGUUACCCAAGCUCUCUUCCCUUUCAUCGGUGACCCACCUGGCUAGACUGCUGCAGAGUUUCAAACAGUGCCUAGUUCAUGGCAUAGUUUUAGUGCCCUGCUGUCUCUCUCCCGCUCCUGCUUCCUCCUCAUGGUUCAUGGCAGGGAUCUCCAUCUCAGACUUCUCUGAGGUGUCCACAGUUGACUGCAGGGUUCAGGCUGGGUCACUGCCAAAUGUGGCAUGCAAUCUGUUGUAAAAGUGGCAGGUCUGUGGGCAGCACAAAAUGUGUUUUUUGCCCUCCUUGCUUGUAAUAUGCCUGGGGUAGUUCCUUCACUUUCAUGCGACACUGCUGCUGAUCUCUGUCAUGCCCCUUUGCCAGCAUUCCUUGUGCAGUCAGCCCAUAGAUGUCCAUGUUUCUAUGGGUGGUCCAGAGCCGUGCUUGCAUAGUCUUCUUUCUACAGGCCAAGGAGAUCCAAUACUUCUUCCCUACCUCAGGCAGGAGCGCAUCUAGUAGCUUUCUCUGUGUGUGGAGCUGGCAUGGUCAGUUGGCUACACACAAAAAAGGUGUGCUAAGUGUGCUCACCAAGGUGGGCAAUCAGGAAAAGGAAUUUCAAAAACGUGGAGGGGUUUAAAAGGUGUUGGGGGGAUUCCAAUCUCUGUGACCCUUGGGCUGGGGAAUUCAAAACUGUGACCAGAACAGUCACUGUUACAAGGACAGAGGCAUUGUUGGACAGGUGCUGGAGCACUGUUAAGGUUGGCACAAUUAAUGCAGUGUCCAUAUUUGCACUGCACUGACCUCAGUAGUUUGGCUAUGGCUCUGUGCCACUCAGGGAGGUGCUGUUACUGUAUCACUGUAACAGACCACUUAAGUCGGCAGAAGACAAAUAUAAGUGUAGACACAUGCAUAACUAAGUCAACACAAGUGGACUUAUGUCAACCUAACUUUGUAGUGUAGCUCUAACCAUCCAUUUUUACAAUUGCUUAAAAAUUUUUUAUCUCUAUAGUCAGACAAAAUAUCAAUUAUAGAUAUCCCCACACUCCAUGCUGCAGCACCUCAUUCCUUUGAUUCCCUGGUUAGCACAUUUCCAUGCAAACCAGUUUCUCUUCUGUGUUUAUUUAGCCUCAGUAGCACCAAAUAAUUCUUCCAAACACCAGUACUCCCUGGUACCUAGAUGAUAUGGAUUUUCUUGCCUUGACCAAUUUGUCUUUGUACUCUUUGUCAUAUAUGAUGUUUUGUUCAUUAAGAGUUUCUGUAUGAGACAUUUUAGAGACUUUUUUUUACUGUCUCUCUAACUAUUCUACACAUGGUGUAUUUUGCUUAGUCACAGAGGCAUGAAAUCAUUAAUCUUUGCAACAACAUUUCCAAACUACUACUUCUAAAAAUUCCAUGGCAUAGACUGAAGAUGCUCAGAUUUUCUAUGGAGCAAUUCUAAAACUUCUUCGCAAUCCUACGACCAACACUAUUGAAGGAACAACCUGACAUCUGUUUGUUUUUUUUAAAAUAUUGAGUCAUCUUACAGUAUUUUUACAUUCUUGCAUCUUUUAUCUUCUCUAGUUUAUAACAGGAAACAAAUGCUUAAAAUAUUUUUAAAGGGGGAAAGAAGAGUUGUUAGCAACAAUUUUGUUAUAGCAAAAAAAAAUUAUCCAACAACUAGCUUAGUUUUGCCAUAAACCUAAAUUUUAAAACAGUUAGGUUUAAUCUGAACUUUUUUCUAGACCCAGCUGAAAGAAUUUUAACAAUGGGUUGGAGUAUUUCCUGAAGUUAUAUACAUUAGAGGUACACAGAAAUGGAUGACCUUAUUUCCUACUCUCCAUUUGAUUUUUUUUUUUUUUUUUUUUUUAAAUAGUGGUUGGUUACUCACAAUUUGUAGUUUUUCUUGAUAAACCUCACUUGAAAUUUCUAGUACAAGUCAUGGAGCAAAGGUACCAAUAAUCACUUCAAUAUCGUUCUUGUAAAAAUAAUUCCCUUUAGCUCUGAUCACACACGCUUAACUGUACAUACUUGUGAAUAGUUCCAUUGACUUCAAAAUACAUAAAGUUAACUAACUGUGCAAGUCUUUGCAUGAUUAGGUGCUUCCUGUGCAGUUUCCAAUUCCACAACAGAGCAUGAGGAGGCACAACCAACCACAUUUGUGAACUGCUAAUUCUAAACUUCCUCGCUUAAAAACACUAGUAGCAGACCAUAGAAAAUGGGCUAUUCCUCUCUGCUGUGGCUGCAUAAAAUUUUCUGACAUCUUUUUCUCUGAAGGCUCGAUGUCAAACUGUUCAGAAGAAGAGACAUACAACAAAAAUAAAUGUACUUACCCCACAUUCUCCACUUAAGCAGCUAACACAGCUGAAGAAAUUUUAUGUAGAACAAACAAAAGUGAAGCAGCAGCAAAGAACUCAAACCAUGCUACGAUGCUGAUAGCUCCUCAGAUCACAAAUGUUAUCCAGGAAAUAAUUUUGUCCCACUUUUUAAACUAUUUAAUGGAUUCAGGCAAAGAAAUAUCUUCAGUCUCCUACAGCAUAUUUCUUUCAUGUCUAAAGCUGUUAACCAUAGCCAGAGUUGCUUUUUUAGAACUAUUCCUGGAGCAAGGACAUACAUUCUGAAGAGAGGGCAGGUUCUGAAAAUGCCACACAGCGUACCUUUCAACUUUCCAAGGCACAAAUAUGGGACCCAAUAUGAAGGAGACAGAAAAUUAUUCAUGCAGAAAAUUUAAAAUGAUUAUUCUAUUUCUAUUCAAGAUCUUACACUGCCUUCUGUAUUACAGUACCUAUGCACCUUACAAAAGUGCAUUAAGUAACAAAUAUCUACCAUGUAUGGUUCUUUCUUUCUUUCUCUCAUCUUCUUCCCAGAAGGAAAAAUUAUGAGCUAUUUUGCUUUUAACCAUUUGUACCAGUAUACUGUGCUGUGUGUUUAUAUUAAAAAGUAAGACCAAAGUGGGUUUUGCACUUGGAUCAGAAGACAGUAAGUUUAAUGGGAGUAGGGGACUUAGAUUCUGAGUUUAUUCCUGACUUAGGCAGGCAUGUGAGAAAGCUGUCUCCUGCAUAAACAAGCUCUGUUCUUGUGGUAGACAAUUCCAUAGUGCCAGAGGUCUGGCGCUGUUGAACAUAGUCCUCGUCCUAGAACUUCAAGCGACCUUUAGGGUCACCAUGUUCAAUAACUUGAAAAUAAGGAUUGAGACCUUGAAUCUGACAUGAUAUUCUAUGGGAAAUAAGUAUAGUGAAGAGUGGACAGGUUUGAUAUAUUAAUUGCAGACCUUGCUGCUGAGAUGUGCUGCUGCAUUCUGUACUUGGGAGUUUCCAGAGGGUUGAUGAGGGUGUGCAGGUAGACUGCAUUGCUGUUGUGUUGUCAGGAGAAUACAGAAGUGUUAUUACCAAGCCUAGGUCAUUGUCUACCAGGAAAGUCUCAAUGAACUGUAGGAGGUAGAACACAUUGUUUGCAGAUGCUGAUGAUGUAGGAUUAAUUCUCUUGGUGUAAAUAUCAAUAAUCUCAGUUUCAUGAUUAAUUAUUUCUGAUGCAAGUUAUUCAAACAGAGGUGAGCAGACCAAAUUUGUGUGGAAUGUAAAUACUGUGCAGAAAUGAGUGACAUCUCUAAGUGAUGCAAUAGUGGACUUUAACCAUUUAAGAAAACGCUCCUUAAGUGAAAUAUCCAGUAGUCAGCAUAAAAUUGGUGACAAACUCCUCACAGUAGCUCUUAUUUUCAGUUUUUGUUAUUAAUAGUUACUGAAGAACUAUAAAUGUUCAGACACAAGCACAUAGCUAAAUGGUACACCCAAAUUACCAAGCUAAACAGGAACCAUACAUUUCAAACCCUGACAGCAUUGAAUCAGUCCUUAUCUUUCUGAAAAAGAUAAACUGAAUUCCAUUCAGAGUGGGGAACUAUACCUCUGCCUUUUUCUCCCAUUCUGCAGAAAUAAGGUUGGAAACUAGGCCCACACUUUCAUCUCUGUUCCCAAUCAUGAAAAAGUGUGGGGAUCAGACUGAUACCUUCUUCUCUGUUCCUGUUUCUCUACAGAGCAGGCUACUACACCCAUGUCGUCUUCUUCACUCCUACUCCUGGAAGAUCAAUGGCUUACGUUGCCACUUCCUUUUUUGUCCAAAAUGCUAAGGAGGGCAGGAAACUGGUCCCUGGCCUUCUCCUCUGGUUCUGGUGAUGUAACAUAACCAAUGGUGAGGUUGCAAUGAUGCCUCCUUCUCUCGUCCCAUUCAGGCCAUUACCAAAGGCCGAGUGGUACCUUAACGGAUCAAGCAUCCUUGGAGGAGCUGCAGGACAGGCAGCAGCUGGUCCUACAGAUUCCAACCUUGCAGCACAGGAUCAAGAGCUGGUACAAAGGCUUGCUGACAUUACGUGGUACAAACACUCCCUCUCACAACAUGGGUGUGAGCCAUGGUGAGUGCUUCAACUGCCUGGUCAGUGCAACAAGGGUGAAUGGUGCCAUGCCACCCUUUUGUGGCUGCUGCGCUGCCUGACAAAAAAAAUCAACAAGAUCAGUAUGAACUCUCCCUUAUCUUGCUGCCACGGCUCAAUAGGGAUGGGAACCAGCCACCACAAGGAAUUUAGGAGUGGGAAGGAUGCAUCUGAGGCAAAGGCGCGCCAAACGAGGUGCCGUGCCAUUUUUUCCGGCUUGAGACGUUCUCACCUUACUGCGCCACUUGCGCGGCACCCACCUCCUCCCAUAUUUAUAACCUGCCCCACGCAUUGAUUGGCCGCCGCUGGCCGGGCGCUGGCCACGCCCCUUUCCCAGCUGCGGCGCCGCCGCCAUGUUGGGGGGAGGAGAGGCGGAGUUGUUGCCAUAAAGUGAGCGACCGGAGUGGUAGAGCGGAGCAGCGCGGUAGAGGCUAGGGGUGGGUGGUGCAUGGAGCUUGGGAAGGGGCGGCUCCGUGGGAGAAGAGAAGAAACAGUUGUUAGCGCUCAGUUGUUUCCUCGCUAUAGAGUUCAAUGGCGGAUGCUGGGGUUACUUGCGGUGGCGAGAUAGAGCCGGAGCAGCUUCAGCGGACGGAGAAGAACGACCGGGGCCUCCUUGGUGUGGAGAGCAGCGGCGCAGCAGCAGCUGAGGACAACACACAAAAUGGCGGCCGCUCUGAUAGUACCGCUGAGGAGGCGCUGCUGGUGGCUGCUACAGAAGAGAAACCCCCCCCAAAUCUCAGCAGUAGCCAGCGGAAGAGCAGUGUCUCCACGGCACAUGAACAGCAGCAGCUACAACAACCCAGCGACGUGUUGGGGGGUCCUCCCCCUCUCCCCAAGCCCCCUGAAGAUCUGCCUAUUAGGAGGAAUUUUCAGAUCCCCAGGAAGAGCAGAGAAAAGAAAGCACUCUUUCAGCCAGUAGCUAUGGGCUCUCGAGAAUUUGAAGAUGUUGUGAAAAUUUUGCAUUCAUCUUAUUUGGAGUCAGGUUCGGUGACCAAUUUCAAUUACAAAAGAGCCAGCUUAAUCCAUAGCGAGCUGUUGGAAAAGGAGUUCACAGAAAAACGCAGAGAACUGAAAUGUGAUGGUCGCCUAGAAAAAGAGCUUGUUGAAUCCUAUGCGUUUCUGAUGGUUGAUCGACCUCAGGUGCAAAAUAUAUGUGAAAAAGGGCUACAGGCGGGCCAUUCCAAAAUAACAAUUCUUGGCAGCCCUUCCAUGGGUGUAUAUCUCUCCAGAUAUGCUGAUUUAUUACAGGCUAAUCCCCUGGAAGCUGGAGCAAGUGGUGAUGUGAUUAUUUUUAAAAUAAUAAAGGGAAAAAUGAAAAGCAUAUAUGACCACAUGGGUGUGAAAACAAUGGAAUCAACCGUUAAAAGUGCAUUAGAUCCAACACCAAAGCAUGAGUGCCAUGUUUCAAAGAAUGCUAAUAAAGUAAAUUCCUUGUUGGCUUAUAGAGCAUAUGAGCUUACUCAGUACUACUUUUAUGAAUAUGGCUUUGAUGAAAUAAGACGAAGACCAAGACAUGUGUGUCCAUAUGCUGUUGUUUCAUUUGCUUAUAAGGAUGAAAUGAUACAAGUACCAAAGUUUUUGCCCCCAUCAAGGUCAAACAGCUUUAAUACAGACAGGAGCACAGAUAAGACUAAUUACACCUUAUGGAGAGGUCAGCUUUUGAAUAAAGGGAAGCUUUUAUGCCAUGCUGCUUUGAAAUCUGCAACGCGUCCUUUCCUUCCUUGUAAACUUCCUGAGAAGCUUAACGUUGAAACUGUUAUGAGCAUUGAUCACUUAAAGAAGAAAAUUGCACCAGCAUUGUUCUAUAAAGAAACUUAUCUAGGGGCAAAAGAAGUGUGUAAGAGUGGAAUGUACUGUAGCCUUUAUGAGGUUGUGGAAAAGACCAGGUCUGGAAGUAACUUGGAAGGCUUACUUCAAAAACUAGAGAAAGAGAAAUUAGUUCUUGUUAAACCACUUGGGGACAGAGGAUAUCUCUUUCUUCUUUCUCCUUGGCAAAUGACUUCCCCGUAUGAGCACCAAACUGGAAGGUCCCGCAUUCUACAGGCAUUGUUUCUAUUUCAGGAACCUAGAGGUAUAGUGACUUCAACACAAAAAAAUGUUCCCUUCACAGCACAGAAAAGUUCAGCUACAUCAGUACUGCAGGAAAACCAUGAGAUUAUGCCAAAGCUCAUGAAGUUUAUUCAGUCACUACACUUCGCUUUAAUUCAGUCUCGUAAAGACACUACUGCAGACUUCAAUACUGUUGUGGAAAAGCAUAUAAACGAAUAUUUGAAGCGAAGCAUUAGUGGGUCUAGCAAAUAUAGGGAGUUUGUAUUAUACCCUUAUGAAUCACGGCUGGAUGACAGAAAAUUUCUGUAUCCUGCUCCAAAAAACAAAUCCCAUAUUGACAGCUGCUUGCGUAAUUACAUCUUUGGUGCUGAAGCCUAUCAACUGCCUGUUUCUAAAGCAAAAGAAUUGAUGGAGGGAAAUCAGAAAGUUCAGCAGUUCAGUCCCAUUUCAGAUUAUGAAGCCCCAGAAGAAGAAACUGACUUCGCAAAUGCAAAAACUGGGAAAAGAAUUGGUUCUAAAUGUGAUGGUGCUGCUGCCAAGCAAAAAACCCCUCAUCCUGGGGACUAUGAUCCUGAUAGACUCAAAGAGCUAAUUAAUUUAAUUCAGUGCAAGAAAAAAAAUGUAGGUGGAGAAUCUGAUACAGAAGACACUAGAAACAAAAGUGGACUGAAACGAAGACUACACAGUCACUCUGAAAAUCUGAGGAAGCACUUAAAAAUGAGUGAAUCUUCAGAAAUUAGUUGCCAGUAUGAAGGAGGAAGAACUUCAGAAUCUCCACAGUCUGUUUUCUCAAUAAUUACUGGUCUUGGUGGACAUGAUACUGACUUGAGACAACAAGAUGUAUCAGACCCUGCAGUUACAGACACACAUGGUCUCAUUAAGUUGCUCUUAGAAACACUAGCUAGUGCAGGACACUUGGAUUCAUCAUUGGCACGGUCUGUUAACCAAGCUUUAGGAUUGGACACUGAUGAAAUGGAGAAUUUAAGGCAAAAACAUGAAUAUGAAUCAAUUCCAGCACAGGAUAAGGAAGAACAUGUGCUUCCUAAUAUUGCACAAGCUGAAAAUGUAAACUUUAAGGAUCCACAUAGCCCAGUGAUGUUGGAAACUGAAGCAACAUGCUUAGCCUAUCCUACGGAUGUUGACCUAAGGCUUUCUGCUAGUGAAGUAGGCAUUGACCACACGCUGCGUAUAAAAGAACCAAGUACUGGAAGUGUUAGUAGCUUUGAUGGCUAUAGCCCGUGUCCUAGCACUCCUAUUGAACAUGCUUAUCGCAGGCAACAUUCUAGUUCAAAUAAUAUAGGAGAGGUUGGAAUACACUGGAAGCUGAUUCCAAUUACAGGAGGGGCAGGAAGAGAUCCAGAGGAUCAACUGGAAAAACAUGGAGAUAACCAAACAGGUCUGAAAUCACCAGAAGAAGAACUGGUGUAUUUACCACCAAAGGAUGCCCUUCCUAAUGACCCCCGGGUAAUAAAUAGACAAAGAAGUUCUGAUUACCAGUUUCCAUACUCUCCAUUUUCAGACAUACAAAAGGGGACAAAAGAAGAUGGAUUGUAUACAAGUCACGUGGAGAAAAAUGAAGAUCAGUGUGCACUAACAGAGCACCCUCUUGCAUCUAAGCACUCCAUAAGUGGAAUAAUAGAAUCUACAUUACUGGAAGAAUACAAUCUCUUUGCAAGAAAAGUUCAGGAGAUUUUGCAGCAGAAGAAUAUUGCAUAUGUGAGUGGAAUGUCCACUCCUGUCUUUUCAGCCCAGGAGAGGGUAAUGAGACUUUCUCAAUACAUACAUUUACAGGCAUCAGAAAUCUCUGUCCAAGAGUAUAUAGAGAGGCUGAGUGAAAAGCUGAAUAAUGUUGCUCUGUCAUCUUCUUGUGGUAGGCAUACUCCACCUCUUAAUUCUAGUCCUGAUCCAGCAGGAGAUGCUGUAACUGAGGCUCAAUUGAAUCCUCUACCAGAACAGGGUGUAUCUGUUUCAAGUGACUUUGACACUGCACUGUUAUCAGAACCACUGUGUAACAGUAUUGUGGAGGAGCCAAACUGUAAUGAGCAGCAUUCAUCAAUGAACUUAACCAUAGUGAAAGAGGAAAUGGACCAUGUUAGUGCCACCACAGAGGUUUUACUGACAUCUGAUAAGAACACUUCCAGUGAUGAUCCACUGGAGCCACCAGAAAAGACUCAGAAAUCACCAGAUAACUUAAACAUUUCAACCCAACCAGCACUCUCUGAUUUUAUAAGCCAGUUAAAACCUGAAGUAUUCAACAGCUUGGUCAAAAUCAUUAAAGAUGUACAGAAAAACACUGUGAAAUUUUACAUUCAUGAAGAGGAGGAAAGUACUCUCUGCAAAGAAAUACAGGAAUACCUUACAAAAUUGGGUAAUACAGAAUGCCACCCAGAACAAUUCUUGAAAAGAAGAGCUACUUUAGACAAACUAUUGAUAAUUAUUCAAAAUGAAGAUAUUGCCAGCCUCAUCCAUAAGAUACCUGGUUUAGUAACUCUGAAGAGGCUUUCAUGUGUCAGCUUUGCUGGUGUUGAUAGCUUGGAUGAUGUGAAAAACCACACUUACAAUGAAUUGUUUGUGUCUGGUGGUUUUGUUGUGUCUGAUGAAUCUGUUCUUAAUCCAGAGUCUGUCACAGUUGAUAAACUUAAAAAUUUCCUGAAGUUCCUUGAGGACCUCAAUACACCUGAUGGGAAAUGGCAGUGGAAAGUCCACUGUAAAAUACAAAAAAAACUCAAGGAGCUUGGGAGAAUGAAUGCUAAAGCCUUGAGUCUGCUGACACUUCUGAAUACCUAUCAGAAGAAACACAUGGUUGAGAUUCUGUCGUAUCAUAACUGUGACUCACAAACACGAAAUGCUCCAGAAUUGGACUGUCUUAUCAGACUUCAGGCUCAGAAUAUACAACAAAGACAUGUUGUCUUCUUAACAGAAAAGAAUGUCAAAACAUUUUCAAAUUAUGCUGAUAAUGGAAUAGUAGUUGCUACAGUUGAUGACUUUAUGCAAAACUUCAAAAACCUUGUUGGCUACCACAAUUCAAUUACGGAAGAAAACAACCUUCCUUCACCUGGUGUUCCUGAAAGACAAUCAGAUGCUGUUUUGACAUUAACCCCUUUGGAGCUGGGAGUUGGGAUUUCCCAACACUAAACAUGACCACAAUGCGCAGAAGCUUUUAGCAUCGGAAUAUCUGGACAUUCACACAAAGGGUUAAGUGUGUGUGUUGAGUAAGUGAACAAGAGUGGCAGAAGACCAAGCCUUAAGUGAUAUUGGAUUUACAGACCCGAAGCAUAACACUCUGUGAGUAGUGUAUAGCUUUUUUAAAAAUCGUAUAUUUCAAUAGAGUAGGACUUCUCUUUCUUAAUAUAGUUUUUGUAGAAAGCGAUGAAAAGGACGAGGAAGACAUGUCUUUGGAUUCAGGGGAUGAAACAUCACAAAUAGAAAUCUGCAAUGAUGCCUCAAAGUAUGAUUCUCAUUCAGAAGCUUUGCAGACAGAGACCAAAGGCUCACAUGGAACAGAUUCAAAAGAAAACUCUCUAACCGAUAUGCAGCUGUCUUCUGAAGGACAAAUUGGGUUGAUGGAAAAAACUUCUAAACUUGAUUUGGAGGAGAGACAGCCAAUAACUCCUGUUUCUACCACAUGCUCUGCUGAAGGAGACAAAAACAAUUCAGUAGAACAAGUUCCUUUCAACAACUUUCAAGUUUACAGUAGACAAUUAAGUAUGUCCCAUCAGUUCAGUCAUUUUAAUGUUCUCACUCAUCAGACUUUUCUGGGAACAACAUACCCAAUUUCCACAAGUCAAAACCAAGAAGGUGGGAAUUAUUUUCUGUCUGCUUACAGUCAGAGCAUGGAUACAGACAAGUCAUCUUCUCCUAGUAAUUGGGAUGUAAAUUGUGAAUCUUCCAGGCCAUAUUCAAAAUAGAAAUAAACACAUAACUAAAACUUUUUAUAGGUUUGUUGUGGACUUCUUUCUGUUUCUAAAAAAGUGAAUUAACAGUUUCUAUUUUAUUCUCUAAACAAAAUGUUUGUCGUUUAACUCAAAUGUUUCCCUGUCUUAUUUAAAUCAUGAUGGCCUGUACUAGUUGAAGCAUCUGAAAAUUGAAAUAAAUAUAUAUUUUUUAACAUUUAUUGUAUUUGAAUUAUCUUGUUUUGUUGGCACUUUUAAGUUUUUACAUUUGUAUUUGACCUGUACGUAGACUUCAGUUUGAAGUCUGUUUUAAUGUAAAACUGAAUGUUUGCCUAAAGCAUGUGAAAUAGCAAAGCUUAAUUUUUAAGUAAACUGUAAUAGAGUAUCCAAGCCACUUGUCUUUAAAUGAAUAUAAAAACUGUUAUGUAUGUAUUUGAUUGACAUUGGACACAAAUUUUGUACAAAAUGUUUUUACAUAGCGAUAAGGCAGUGUAGUUAUUUUAAUGAAAAAAUAUAUAUAAUACUGGAUUUUGGCUAAAUACCUCAAUUAGAGUAACCAAUGGUGCAGUUCCAUUUAAAGAAAAAAAUAAACUUUUCAUGCACAUGGGACUUAGUAGCAACUUGAUUUGUUUUAUAUCCUGUUUCUAAAAUACAGAAAACUGAUGCUGCAAAAUUUAUUUCAAUACCAUUUUUGUGUGCAUCUAAUUAAUCUGUUUAGUACCUUUUUUGCUUAUCACAACUGCAUAGAAAUAGCCCUACAGUUUUAAAGUUCUGUAUCUUCUUAUAAAUGUACAGAUGGUAGACAGCUGAUUUGUUUUGUUUUAACUUGAAUUACCUAUAGUAGUGUUAAAAGGUAGACACUAUCAGUACUUUUAGGCCCUGAACUUAAUGUUCUGCUAAAUGUGGCAAUGCCACUAAAAUGAAUAUCCUCAUGAGAGUUUGUUUACUGUUCUCACCCUUUCCUUUAAAAUUAAUGUAUUGUACUAGAUUUUUGUCUCCUUCCUCCCUGGAACAUUUUUCUGUAGUAUUGGCUUUCCUUGUGCACAGUCUUGUGAAUACUAUAGAGAAGAUUUCCAGAAAAUACUAUAUGGAUGGUAAAACAAACUGGCGUACUACCAUUCUGUUUUUGUUUUAAUUACGUGGUAGUGGACUUUAACACUAAAGGGUAGUAUAAGAAAACUAAGGUUUUGGGGUUUUGUUUUUUUUCUUCAAGACAGUUUUUUGUUGCAGUCAGUUUAAGUUUUAGUAGAGCCCGGGGCCAAUUUUUUUUACAGGCAAAAUGUGGUGAUUAAGUCACAAAUGAUAAGUGCACUCACUACUUUUAUUAGCUAAAACUAUUUUUUUUAAAGCGAAUUUCAAGCUGGUACUCACUUUUAAAAUAUUCACUUAAUGCAUCUUAAGUAAACACUUCUACAAAAAGAUGACUUCUACAAAUAGAAAAAAAGCUCCCGCUCAUUCAGAAUAGGGCAGCAGCACAGAUACAUAUGGAAGCAGAGGCUAUUCAGGCAGUCGGGUGCUGGCAGUCUAAUGCAAACCGAACGUAUGUAAGACCGCAGAUGGAAAAUCAACAUUAAUCAGUUGUGUUCUCAUUUCAGAUAUGGGACAGCCGGCUAUACACACACGGGUGUGGAUCUGUGGGCACAGUAUUGUUUUGGGUGCAUAGGCACGCAUCCAGGUUGCCCGAGGGCUCCCAGCUGGGAUUCGGUGGUGAAGCAUUACUCAGUUGGCACGCACGGAGGGGCAUGUUAUGGGAUCAACUGAUACCGCUGUUGUAUGCUGUGUGGGCACAUCAGCAGCCACUGGAUAUAUUGGUGAUACACCUGGGAGAGAAUGAUCUGGAAACACUUAAAGGGGUGGAGUUAAUGCUUCGAUCAAGGAGGGACCUGGUACGGAUCCUGGGAAUUUUUCCAGGCGUUAACGUUGUCUGGUCAAAUAUGCUUCAGCAAAGGGUCUGGCCGGGAGCCAUGAACCCUGCCAGGGUGGACAAAACCAGGAAGUAUGUGAACAGGGAAGUGGCCAAAUUCUUACUGCUCUUGAGGGGGACAGUAAUUUCACAUCCUGGCAUACUCUAUUGGGCACCAGAGUUAUUUGGGGAGGAUGGGGUGCACCUGUCAGGCUCAGGUGCUGACAUAUUUUUGGCUGAUAUAAAAGAGGGCAUUGGGAGAUGUUUGGGAACCUAGCUGAAUGGGGGGAGGAGGCAGCCAAACUAAUGGCUGGUGCCUCCUUGUGGAUGUUCAGUGCAGGUACUCCAUAAAUUAAGGCACAAAAGAAUAGAUAAAUGGCUUGGAAAAGGAAUUAAGGAGAGGGGCUUGGUAAUUGAGCAAGCUGGGGGCAAUUAGGGACUCCUCUGAUUGAUAUGGCAAGCAGCCAACACUGUCCCCCCAUCAUUAUAGUCCACCUUAACCACUCCUACAGGGGCUGGUGGUCAGUAAGGUCCUGGCAAGGGAAUUGCUGGAGAAACCUGGAUGAAAGGGGAGGGGGGAGCUCGUGGAAGCCCCUCCAGAAUUGGUGGUUCCUGGCAGUGAAUCUGCUGGAGGGACAUGAAUGGUAAAAGCACUUCCCCCUGUCCCCUGGUUAAUUAUGGGGGUUUCACCUGCACUGCACAUUUUAUCUGCUGGGUUAGUCCUAGACACCUAAUAAUAAAGUUGCAGCCUGAUUAAACCCGUA